AAAUUUAAAGGAUGCAUCUCAUAUUAAUAAAAUUUCCGAAUCUAAAAACCUCGGAAACUAUAUAAAACCUGAUAUACGAUGUAUCUAUUUAAACAUAUGGCUAUAUUGUUUCAGAAUAAUGCGUUGUGUUCCAGAUGACGUUAAGAUGAAUCUUUUUAGUUUAAUAAAUAAUAAGAUAUCCCCAUUGCUUAAAGAAGAUCAUUAUUAUAAAUGUAAUUUAGAAUCAUAUAAUUAUGCUCAAAAUGGAACAGAUGAACGUAUAAUGAAAUUAAUAUAUUUGGUGACUACGGAUGAUGAGAUUCUAAAUAUAUUAUUUGAAAGAUCUUCAGGUUCAUUAGAUUGGUGUGACAGCAAUAAUGUAAAUGUUCAAAUAUUAAAUGAAUUGAAAACAAAACUUCAUGAGGUUAAUAGUUCUUCUGUAACAAAAAGGAGUAAUGUUAUUGAUAAAUUAGAAACAUUAAUAGAAAAAACAAAAUCCUUGUCUUCCCCUAAAAUCGUUGAACCUCCAGAAAAGCCUGAUAUCAAAUCUGAUGAUAGCAUUUCUACAAUUGACUCUAGUACAACGACACAAAAAACGGUACAGUACGCCCUGAUGGUAGUAAGGUACAUAAAGCUGAUGAAGACGUUUCUCUAG